AUGAGCCCUGAAUGUGAUGAUUUGGGAAUGGGUGACAGUCUCUGCUCAAAAGAUUUACAGGAUCGAGUCUCUACAGGAGAUGUUCCCCAUGAGGGUGAAUCAUGUGAAUCAAGGGAAGACCCAUUGCUUCAUAGAGGGAAGAAUUCCUACACAUGCAAGGAAUGUGGGAAAGGGUUUGUGAAGAAUCGCUUCUUUCUUCGACAUCAGCAGACUCACACUGGAGUGAAACACUAUACAUGCAAAAAGUGUGGGAAGACCUUUCUCAAGAAAGUAGACCUCAUCGAACACCACAGCAUUCACAUUCAGGAGAAACUCUAUGAGUGCAUCAAGUGUGGAAAAGCCUUCAGGCGCAAAUCACACCUCACGGAGCACCAGCGGAUUCACAGUGGAGAGAAGCCCUUUGGGUGCACUGAGUGUGGGAAAGCCUUCAUCCGCAAAUCGCAUCUCACGGAGCACAAACGGAGUCACAGUGGAGAGAAGCCUUAUGUGUGCAGUGAAUGUGGAAAGGCCUUCGCCCACCAGUCUGAUUUUAUUCGGCAUCAGAGAACUCACACUGGAGAAAAACCCUUUGAGUGCAAAGAAUGUGGGAAAGCCUUUGGUGACAGCUCUUCUGUAACUCGACAUAUGAGGUGUCACUCCAGGGAGAAGCCCUAUGAGUGCCGUGAGUGUGGAAAGACCUACAGCUACAGCUCAACCCUCAGCACCCAUCAGAAGGUUCACAGUGGGGUGAAGGCCUACAAGUGUAAGAGAUGCGGGAAGGCCUUUUACAAGAAGGAAGGCCUCAGGCAACAUCAGAGGACUCAUACUGGGGACACACCUUUUUAA